CCUGGUCGGCACUGCCCAGAAAGGAAUAGGCAGGCGGAGCAGAGUCGAGCUGUGUGCGAACGGGCGUGCGGAAGUGUCGUUUCUCUCUUUCUCUCUCUCUCUCUCUCUCUCUCUCUCUCUCUCUCUGUGUGUGUGUGUGUGUGUGUGUGUGUGUGUGUGUGUACCUGCGGUGUUGUGCCGGAAGAUGUGGAGAGUUCCAUCCACCCUCGGCCCAGAAAGGAAAUAGGGUGAAAACUGAUUAGACCGGGGCCGGGAAGGGAGGUGAGGUUGGGGUCAAGAGCGAAAGGGAAAAGGGAAGCCUGUAAUUUUUUCCCAGAUCUGCAUACAUAGGUAGUUAGACAGAAUGGCCACUCUGCGCGCAGUUACUGUUCAUCUUACGGGUGCCACGCGGCCUCCUUGGGCGAAGCACAGGAUUGACUCCGCCGCCGCAUCGGGACCACCACAUUUGCUCCCAACCUCUUCUUCUGGCAAUUUGCUCCCAACCUCUUCUUGUGCCACGUGGCAUGCCGUGCGCGGCAUUUUCCAUGGCGCCUGUUUCAUCCCGACUGUCCAUCGUGCGGCUGCUGUCGGAUUGUUCUCGCAGCCAUCUUGCCGCCGCCGGCGGAGCUACUCUGCCCCGCCGUCGCCCCCUCCGCUGUUCAAGACCAGCGCGCCGAUGAUCCGAAUGUCGGUAUCCGGAGCUCGGCGCUUUGCACCGGCCGUCGUUUCCUGCCGCCGUCGCGAUCCCGGCGUGUGGUCCCCACCAUCUCUCCCCCGCGCGGGCCAGUUAUCCAUCAGGGAUAUCUCUUGCAUUCGAUCCAGGUACCUCACAGGUCCGCGGGAGGACUAUGACGGGGCCGCAGAGCGGCAGCCCCAGAUCAGCGCUUGCCCCCCUCCCGGCGCGAACAGCGGUCGCUGUGCGCCAGGAGGCUAUGGCGGUCGCCGCCGUCACGAGGAUGCGACGCGGGAAUCGUGGAUUUGCCAGUGUGGUGCGCGGGAAGGAAAUCGCGGGAGAUCUGAGAACCGAGCGGAAGCAAGGCAUCCCGUUAUUUCUGGUGGUGGUGCUGACGUGUCCCGUGCUCGACGGCCGUCGUCCGUUGCAUCAGCAUACCGAGUUUUGUGUACGGGAUUGCGACCUUGGAGCCGCCGGCAGCGAGUUCAUUGGUGGUCUGGAAGGGAUGCUGCGUGUCUUCUGGCGGCGGGUAAGAGGAGGGAAAAUCGAGAGGGUGGAGGUGGGGGUUGGGUUUGGAUACGUCACAGCAGGGGGCAGUUUCUUGGCCAUGAAAGAGAAGGUCGAUAUGCUAUUGCAUGUCGUCGAGCGUUGGCAAUGAGCCACGUGCCCUCCGCCUCCUCCUCCUCCUCCUCCGCCUUCUCCUCCUCCGCCGCCUUCUCGCUGGAUGCGGCUUCAUCACAGUGCCUGCAAUCGCGCGGUCACGGCGGCAAGUUGGUUCUCGGGAUCGAGACCAGUUGCGACGAGACUGGCGCAGCUGUUGUGUCCACGGACGGGGAGAUCCUCAGCGAAGCCUUGGCCUCUCAGGCCGAGCUCCAUGCUCAGUGGGGAGGGGUAGUCCCAAAGCUAGCGGAAGGAGCCCAUGAGGACGCGAUCGACGCCGUUGUCCAGCGCGCGUUGACUACGAAAGGGGGCCGGAGGAUAGAUCCGUCUGACCUGGCAGCUGUUGCGGUUACCAUCGGUCCUGGUCUAAGUCUUUGCCUGAAAGUUGGUAUACGGAAGGCGAGGGCAUUAGCGAGAGAGCACAAUCUGCCUGUCAUCCCUGUCCAUCACAUGGAGGCCCAUGGGCUAGUGGCCAGGCUCUGCGAGCGGGAUCUGGACUUCCCAUUCCUCACCCUCCUCAUCUCGGGGGGUCAUAACCUGCUGCUGGUGGCCCACGGAGUGGGCCAUUAUACCCAACUUGGUACAAGUCUGGACGAUGCCAUCGGAGAGGCUUACGACAAAACGGCCAGGCUUCUGGGAUUGGAACUUGGGAGGGGUGGGGGACCGGCUCUGGAGGAGCUGGCCCGGGAAGGAGAUCCCUUUAGCUUCAAUUUCUCGGUCCCGAUGCGGAAAUUCAAAAACUGCAACUUCUCUUAUGCAGGUCUGAAGACGGCGGUGCGCUUGGCCAUAGAUGCAGCGUGCCCGGGCGCGGAGACCAGGCCGGUCUCCGCCGCCACUGCUGCGGAGCGCAAGAUCCGCGCCGACAUUGCUGCCUCGUUCCAGAGAGUCGCAGUUUUGCAUCUCGAGGAGAGAACGCGGAGGGCGAUCCAGUGGGCGCGAAACAUCGACCCUGCGGUUGAUUGUUUGGUGGUUGCUGGGGGCGUGGCUGCCAAUCAAGUGGUAAGGCAUCGGUUGGAAGGUGUGGUGACAGAGGAGAGCUCCAACAAGGAAGCAGUAGGUGGUGGGGUGAUGCGCAUAGCAUUCCCUCCUCCUAGACUAUGUACCGACAAUGGAGUUAUGGUUGCCUGGGCGGGAGUGGAGCGCUAUCGCCUGGGAUUGAUGGACCCGCCUCCACCGUCGAUCGAAGCGACGGCCGAGGACGAGCAUUUGGAUAUACGGCCAAGAUGGCCUCUUGGAGAGGGGCUCGCCCAAGGAACUCAGAACGUCAAAUCUAUGAAACAAGUGCGGAACUACACAUCGCUGACAGCGCUGUCGAAAGCUGCAGGGUCCCAAUCAUUACCUGGGAAACAAGCUCGGCCAAGCGGUGAACCAUAUGUGUUGUGUCAAGCUCAUGUGCAAAGAGGGUGUUCGAGGGGGGUCAAGCUCAUGUGGAAAGAGGGUGUUCAAGGGGUCAAGCUCAUGUGGAAAGAGGGUGUUCAAGGGGUCAAGCUCAUGUGGAAAGAGGGUGUNGGGGUCAAGCUCAUGUGGAAAGAGGGUGUUCAAGGGGUCAAGCUCAUGUGGAAAGAGGGUGUUCAAGGGGUCAAGCUCAUGUGGAAAGAGGGUGUCACAAAUGAUUGUGCGCGAUGAGGCCCACAAAUCUUUCACCUUGUGAGGAUUUCUGUCUCCUCCGCAGGUGACCGACCGCAGGCAGGCAGGUCCUCAGUCAUGUCGGCCGCUUUGGCAGUGGUAGCCACGCUUUCCUCCUCUAUUGCUUCCUCUCAUUGCUUGGAGCUGGACACUGACUUGAUGACAUCAACAGCUUGUUGUUCUCGCAUCCCGUGCGAGUCUGGUUUUGUCACUCACUGGAGGCCGAAGAAGAGGCAUUCGGCCUCCUCUGUCUCAUGUGCUUCUUCUUUCUGCUUCGCAGGCCGAAGGCUUUGCAGCGAUAGUUGGACGAGAGUAGGGCAGUGUCCUCCCUGCUGCACCGGAGUUGGGACCCGAGUGAACUCAGACAGGCUUUGCAGCCAGUUGUCCCCCUCGGGUGGGCGUAUCGGAGGCAAGGUGGUGUCUCGGGCCUCGAGCGAUGUUGCGCAAGUCAUGGACAACACUUCUCCUUUCACUUCAGAGGUGGAUCCCACAACCAUCGUUAACGUAGACUUAGGAGACCGUAGCUAUCCCAUCUAUAUUGGCUCUGGGUUGCUGAACCGCGGCGAUUUGCUGCGGAGACAUGUCAAGGGUAAGCAGGUUUUGAUAGUCACGAACGACACAGUGGCGCCUAUUUAUCUUGACUGGGUCACUGAAUCCCUUGUGAAUGGCGCAGAAGAACCGAUCAUGGUGGAAAGUGUUGUUCUUCCCGACGGCGAGGCAUACAAAUCUCUUGAUGUGUUAAUGAAUGUGUUCGACAAAGCCAUUGAAUGCAGGCUGGAUCGCCGUUGCACACUCAUUGCACUUGGUGGUGGGGUAAUUGGUGACAUGUGCGGAUUUGCCGCGGGUGUGUAUCUCCGUGGCGUCAACUUCAUUCAAAUUCCCACCACAUUGAUGGCCCAGGUAGAUUCGUCCGUCGGCGGCAAAACGGGGGUGAAUCAUCCACUUGCUAAGAACAUGAUAGGGGUCUUUUACCAGCCUCAGUGUGUGCUUAUUGACACCGACACCCUCAGCACACUCCCAGAGAGAGAACUUGCUUCUGGCGUGUCCGAAAUCGUGAAGUACGGGCUCAUUCGUGAUGCAGAAUUCUUUCAGUGGCAGGAGGCAAACAUGGACAAGUUGCUCGCAAGAGAUCCUCUGGCCCUCGCCCAUGCGAUUAAGCGAUCCUGCGAAAUAAAGGCAGAAAUCGUUGAGCUGGAUGAGAGAGAGGGUGGGCUGCGAGCUAUCCUCAACCUCGGUCACACGUUCGGUCACGCCAUUGAAGCCGGACUAGGCUAUGGGGCUUGGCUUCAUGGCGAGGCUGUUGCCGCGGGGAUGGCUAUGGCUGCAGACAUGUCGUAUCGCCUCGGCUGGAUUGAGAAGGAGCUUGUCGAGCGAUCUGUGGCUCUGCUUGACCAGGCAAACUUGCCAACGGCCCCCCCGAAGGAGAUGAUCGUCGAGAAAUUUAAGUCGAUCAUGGCAGUGGACAAGAAGGUCGCCGAUGGCCAGCUCAGGUUGAUUCUGUUGAAGGGCCCUCUAGGUAGUUGUGUAUUCACCGGAGAUUUUGACAGCUCAAAGCUGGAUGAGACUUUGGAGUAUUUCUGUGCGAAGUCGCAAUGAUGCUCUGUGCGUCGAGGAGAGCACACAAAUAAAGGAGAUGUGAACCCGGUGGGGGUUUCACUGUUGUUGUGCUCCUGCUGAUAUACCCCCUUUGGGGACUUGGUUUUCACGGGGGGGUCCAAUGUGGGAUGGGACUGCUUCAUGCUUCGCUAACGUAACGUAAGGUCCCAAGCAAGAACCACAGCCUUAUACUGGAGGGUCACAUAAUACUGCUGUACAAGGCUACAAGUGGCUUGACCCGACCCAUAACUGUUAAUUCGUCGAUCUUUCAAUUACCAAGUUCCAUGCUUUAUGUGGUUGGUAGGAUCGGUAACAGCGUUCGCUGAUGCAGAAGUCUUCCUCUUCUUCUUCUUCUUCUUCUUCCUUUUUUUUUUUUUUUUUUUUUUUUUUUUUUUUCGGAUUCAACCACCGCUACCUUUCCCAUAUGUCAGCCGCGGGCAUCUAGUAGCCUACUCCUGAAAAAUAGCUGCCACGCCGCCGUCGAUAUGUUUCAUCGACGGCGCAUGGCGGCCGAAUUUGAAUUUGAGGCCCGCGGCCCCACAUAUGAG